UUCUCGGCCUUUUGGCUAAGAUCAAGUGUAGUAUCUGUUCUUAUCAGUUUAAUAUCUGAUAUGUGGGCCAACGGUCCACACGAUAUUAAAUUAAUUUUUUAAGGGGAAAGGCCCAUUCAGUAGCUUGCUACUCGGGUCUUUGCGCGUCGCCAAUGUGUUGCACUACUGCAUCGGCCUGGCGCACCCCUCCAAGCCCAGUACAAUAUUUUUGUUAGGCCCAAUCUCUGUCUGGUAACAAGAGCCCCGACUUAGUUGAGGUCAACUCUAAUGUUUCUAAUAAAGAAUAGACUUGUGUAAAAUAAUAUAAAACCUCGAAAAAUUUCAACAGUUGCUGAUAUUAAGCGUAAAGGGCAUGAAUAUACUAGAGUGUUUCCGCUGUUAUAGGUUUACUAGAAAUAUAUGUAAUUCAUACAUUUUCUCACUUGUCAUGAAAUCCGGAAACGAAGAAAGUAAAUAAAAAAAAAAGUGGAUGAGAAGCUUGUUUUAUGCGAAAAGUGAAUAGAAAGUUUGGCCUUGGAACUUUAUGAUGGGAGUCUUUGUACCUUAUACGGAGGGAGAUAAGAUGAAAAUAAAUGUUUGUUUUCAUUCGCAGUACUUUGAUUUUUAAUAUAUAUUUGUAUAUAGAUGCAUAUGUUGAUUGACAUUUGUAAUGUUAUCAUUGAUGAUUUUACGGGGAUGAGAUGAAAGUAACAUGCAGGUUGCUGAAAAAGACAGAAAGUGAAAGAAAAGAAUAUGAAGCCAGCAAAAUCUGUCACUUGGUUCUCUCUCUUUCUAUUGUCCUUUUUUAAUUGUUUGUAUGUGGAUGUAAGUUAGCAUCUUUUGUUAAGUUUAUAAAUGUUAACAAAACUCGAUCACACUACAGGUUGAGACAGAUUGAUUUAACUCUCUGCCCCUGUGAUUAGCUUCUCCAUCUCCUUAUUCUCUGUUUCUAUAUCUCUUAUCAUCUCUCAUAUAUAUAUAUAUAUAUCCAUAUAGUUUAAGAUCAAUUAUAGCAGGAAGAAAGGAAAGUCCUCAAGGGUGUUUGAGCUUAAGAUAACACUUAAUUUAAACUUAUCAUAGGGCUAGAGAAAGUAGAAAUCCGAAAACAUGUGUACCAGUAAGGGUGAAAAUAAAAAAUCUAACAAGUUCGAAGUGUGUAACUUCGGAGCAUGGGCUAUGAAUGUGGUGAGCUCUGUGGGGAUCAUCAUGGCCAACAAGGAGCUUAUGGCUCCUCAAGGUUUUGCUUUUGCUUUCGCAACAACUUUGACUGGCUUUCAUUUCACCGUGACAUCAUUGGUUGGUUUGGUGUCAAAUGCUGCUGGUUACUCUUCAUCAAAGCAUGCCAUUCCCUUAUGGGAACUCGUCUGGUUUUCCAUAGUCGCCAACGCAUCAAUUGCUGGCAUGAACUUCAGUCUCAUGCUCAACUCCGUUGGAUUUUAUCAGAUAUCAAAGCUGAGCAUGAUUCCUGUGGUGUGCAUAAUGGAAUGGAUUCUAAAUGGAAAACAUUACUCAAGCAAAGUGAAAAUGGCUGUAGCAGUGGUGGUUGUAGGUGUAGGAGUCUGUACAGUGACUGAUGUCAGAGUUAAUGCCAAAGGCUUUUUAUGUGCCUGUGUAGCAGUUUUCUCUACUUCCCUGCAACAAAUAACCAUAGGUUCCUUACAGAAGAAGUACUCAAUAGGCUCUUUUGAAUUGCUAAGCAAGACAGCUCCAAUUCAAGCUGUUUCCCUUCUCAUUCUCGGUCCAUUCAUUGAUUAUUGCUUAACCGGAAAAGCCAUAACAAGCUAUAAACUUUCUUUUGGUUCUUUUUUUUUCAUACUAGUAUCUUGCUCCCUAGCAGUAUUCUGCAACAUAAGCCAGUACCUCUGUAUUGGACGCUUCUCAGCCACAUCUUUCCAAGUUUUAGGCCACAUGAAAACAGUUUGUGUCCUAACAUUGGGUUGGCUUCUCUUUGAUUUGGAGAUGACAGUGAAAAACAUACUCGGAAUGGUGCUCGCCAUUGUUGGAAUGAUCGUCUAUAGUUGGGCCAUGGAGGCUGAUAAGCUAGCUGCUGCUUCAGCCAAGAGCCUUUCCAUCAUGGAAGAAGGGGAAGAUAUGAAGUUACUAAUGAAUGAAGGAACAGAAGAGAGUUUAUUGAAAGAUGUUGAGUAUGGUUUGUCUAGAAAAUAGAUAGAACUACUUCAAAUUUUUCUUUGGGCAAAAGGGAUUUCCUUCCUUGAUUUUAUUUACACUUCUUUUUUUUGAGAUGAGAAAGAUGCAAGUCACAGAAAAUGCUUGCCUAUGUUUCAAAUAAUACAGGUAGGUAUACAUAUUUUUUGAAAAAAAAGUCUACUUUUUUCUUUAGAGCUAAAAACAUUUAGAUAAUUAUUAAUUCUCUUUGGAGUAUUUCUUCGAUGUUUUGUCAUGUAAUUGAUACAAGCAAUAAUUUUAGUAUCUUGUGGUUAAGCAGUGUAUGGGUUCUAAAUCUCAUCAA